CCUUAUCAUUUGAAAGUAAUCUAACGUGCAAACAGACCUUCCAAAAGUUAGAUGAAUUCUGAGGAGAUUUUAAAAUAGAAAGCUUGGAGAUCAAUCAUGGAUCAUAAGACUGAAGAGAAAAGAAAGCAGCAUCAUAGCUUGACUUUACUGGAACAAGUAAAAAGAAUGAAAGAAUCAGCAGAGAUAAUUGAUGUUGUUCUAGUUGCAGAAGGUGAGAAAUUCCCUUGCCAUAAGGUCGUACUGGCUGCAUUCAGUCCGUAUUUCAAAGCCAUGUUUACCUGUGGCUUGGUUGAAUGCACCCAAAGAGAAGUAGUACUGUAUGACAUCUCUGCAGAGAGUGUGUCUGUAAUACUCAAUUACAUGUACAGUGCAGAUUUGCACCUCACUAAUCAGAAUGUGCAGACUGUUGCUGUUGCUGCGUAUUUCAUGCAGAUGGAAGACGUCUUCAAUAUAUGUCAGAAGUACAUGAUGGACCAUAUGGAUGCUUCCAACUGUGUGGGGAUUUACUACUUUGCAAAGCAUAUUGGAGCAGAAGAUUUAUCUGAUCAAGCAGGGAAAUACUUAUAUCAGCAUUUUGCUGAGGUGAGCUUACAAGAAGAGAUAUUAGAGAUUGAAGUCCAGCAGCUAUUAACUCUUAUAAAAUCAGAUGAUCUGAAUGUUUCCAGGGAGGAGAGCAUUCUGGACCUUGUCAUUAGAUGGGUUAAUCACAACAGAAAGUCACGUGUGGUACACCUUAUUGAGCUCCUGAAGCAAGUGAGACUGGUACUUGUCAGCCCUUCUUUUUUAGUGGAAGCCCGGAAAAGGAACACAAUGAUCCUGUGCAAUUCAGAAUGCAAUGAUAUGUUUGAGGAAGCAUUAGAAACCAUCAAAAUAUCCAGACACCCUUCUCUCAGUCUGCGAUACGGCAUGGAGACUACUGAUCUUUUACUCUGCAUCGGCAACAAUUCUCUGGGCAUUAGAUCAAGACAUGGUAGCUAUGCAGAUGCCAGUUUCUGUUAUGCUCCUGCAACACAAAAGACUUACUUCAUUUCCUCUCCAAAGUAUGGAGAGGGUUUAGGUUGUGUUUGCACUGGUGUUGUCACUGAGAAUAAUGAUAUUAUUGUGGCAGGAGAAGCAAGCGCCUUCAAAAUGUCUAGACAAAAGAUGAGGAACAUCGAAAUUUAUAGAUACCACCAGCAAGGAAACCAGUGUUGGCACAGUCUGUGCACCACUCAGUUCCGUGAACUCUAUGCACUGGGCACUAUCCAUAAUGAUCUCUAUGUAAUAGGAGGGCAAAUGAAAAUGAAAAAUCAGUAUCUGGUCACAAACUGUGUGGAGAAGUAUUCCAUGGAGCAAGAUACCUGGAGAAGCAUAGCACCUCUUCCCUUGCCAUUAGCCUGCCAUAUGGUGGUAACAGUGAAGAAUAAACUCUACGUGAUGGGUGGCUGGACACCACAGAUGGAUCUGCCUGACGAUGAGCUGGAUCGAUUAAGUAACAGAAUGUUUCGGUAUGACCCAGGCCAAGACAAAUGGACAGAGCGCGCACCGAUGAAGUACUCCAAAUACCGCUUCAGCACAGCUGUAGUCAACAGUGAGAUUUAUGUCUUGGGAGGAAUUGGGUGCCUCGGUCGUGACAGGGGACAGACACGGAAAUGUCUUGAUGCAGUGGAGAUUUAUAAUCCUGAUGGAGACUUUUGGAGGGAUGGGCCUGCUAUGCCUUCUCCUCUCCUCUCCUUGCGAACAAACUCUACAAGCGCAGGCUCUGUGGAAGGGAAGCUGUACCUCUGUGGAGGAUUUCAUGGAGCAGCUCGUCACGAAGUUAUUACCAAAGAGAUCCUCGAGCUGGAUACAUGGGAGAACCAGUGGAAUGUGGUGGCCAUCAAUGUCCUCAUGCACGACAGCUAUGAUGUCUGCCUUGUUGCUAGGCUGAACCCACGAGACCUUAUCCCUCCUCCACCGGAUUUAGUGGACCAAUAGAAGUGCAGUGACUCCCAGCACUUCCAGAUUCUGCAGAAACUGAAGAAUUUGGAGAAACGUGCUGAACUGACUCAGGAUGAUAGCUGAGUCCCAUGGAGACAGGCCUGCAACAUGUGCUUAAGGACAGAAUUGCCUUUGAACUGCAUUUCUCAGACAAUGCUUAAUUUGCCAGUACAGGUACUCUAGAUUUCUGUGCUUGAAAAGUCAAGGUUCCCCAACCUUUGUGUUUAGCCAAGGUGCACUGUCUCUUACAGUCUUCUAUUCUGCUCUGCGUACUUAGUGUUUGGUGCAGUUUGGGCUUUGGGAACCUCUGCCUCACAGGCACGGUGGCAGCCCAGCACUCAUUCCACAGUGCAACAGCACAGAUGAAAGCUAGCUCUAGCCAGAGAAAUUCUUCCUUUGCUGCACAUCCCACUGAGUUCUACCAAACUACCAAGGGCGCUAAAAGGCCCCUGAAGUCAACUGAUGAAAACUGGUCCAUUUGUCCCAGAGGGAUAUACUGUAGCUGGCUGAUGCAGGAGCAGAGGGAAAGCAGAGAAGAGACAAAAGGAGGGCUUUGUCUUUUUUUUAAUUAUUUUUUUAAGCAGUCCUGUUCAGUAGCCAAGCACACCAGCUACUGAAAGCAGUAUCUAACUCAUGGACAGGACAGUCAGAGACCCUUUCUCUGAUGGCAGAGCUGAGCCUGAACUAAUAGAAAACAUACCAAGUCUUCCAGGAGGCUUGGUAAAUCCUCUGUACCAAAGAAAAGAAGAAUUCUAAGCUUUUGCAUAGAUCCUACAACCAGAACCUACAAGCUCAGUUAAAAAAUCCUCUCCCUUUGAAAGAGAGAUGGAGA